AUGCAGGUUCAGAAUGGUCACGUAAAGAGGCUCACUGACAAUGAAGUUAAUUCCAUAGUUCUUGAAAUUGUGAGCACUAAUGUUGCCACUACUUACAUAACGUGUCCGAGAAGGAAUCAAGUGCUAGGAAUAAAAUUACCUUUCCUCGUUAUGAUUGUAAAAAAUUUAAAAAGAUACUUUUCAUUUGAGAUAACUAUUCUAGAUGAUAAAAACAUGAGAAGAAGAUUCAGAAUAUCUAAUUUUCAAUCAACAACAAAGAUUAAACCAUUUUGCACAACAAUGCCAAUUGGACUAUCUGGUGGCUGGAAUCAAAUACAAUUUAACUUAGCUGAUUUUACAAAAAGGGCAUAUGGGACACAAUUUAUAGAAACUCUUCGAGUCCAAGUACACGCAAAUGCGCGGUUAAGAAGAAUUUAUUUCUGUGAACGCCUCUAUACUGAAGAAGAAUUGCCUCAAGAUUAUAAAUUAUAUUUGCCAUUAGAACGCAAUCAAAAAAAAGUUAAGGAGAGCAAGAAAGUAGAAAAAUCCGUAGAUAAUGUUUCUAGAGCAACCGCACCUCCACCACCACCAACACCUCCAAAACCACCAACACCUCCGAAACCACCAACACCUCCAGUUGAAGUUGAACCAUUGAAUACGUCCCCAAAAGAACAAAUUUCGCGAAAUGUAAGUGAGCAUACCGUACCUCCAACCCUUACAGAUAUAACUGACGAAAACCCACCAUCGACAAAUGAAGAACAUUUUGAAAUGAACGGUGAGAAAGAUAUGGCAGAUGCAACACGCGCUGAAGAAGAAAAGGAGGAACUCGUUGAAGAUGAUUUGGCUAAACCAGAGGAAGAAUCUCAACAUGACGACGAUUUGGAAAAGAUUUAA